GCCCCCUGCGCCUUUCGGGUUCCUAGGUCGAGGUGCGUCGCCAACGGUAGUGACGCGUACUGCCGGGAGGAUGGCGGACGCCGGCUUGCGCCGCGUGGUUCCCAGCGACCUGUAUCCCCUCGUGCUCGGCUUUCUGCGCGAUAACCAGCUCUCGGAGGUGGCCAAUAAGUUCGCCAAAGCGACAGGCGCUACACAACAGGAUGCCAAUGCCUCUUCUCUCUUGGACAUCUAUAGCUUCUGGCUCAACAGGUCAACCAAGGCCCCAAAGAGGAAAUUACAGGCAAAUGGACCAGUGACUAAGAAGGCUAAGCAAACUUCAUCCAGUGACAGCAGUGAGGACAGCAGUGAGGAAGAGGAAAAAGCUCAAGAGCCUCCCGCUAAAAAGGCUGUUGUACCUGCCAAGCGGGCCAGUCUGCCCCAGCAUCCUGGAAAGGCUACAGCCAAAGCAUCAGAGAGUAGCAGCAGUGAAGAAUCCAGUGAUGAGGAGGAAGAGGAAGAGAAAAAGAAAAAACCUGUCCAGAAGGUAGUUAAGCCCCAAGCUAAGGCAGCCAGAGCUACUCCUAAGAAGGCUAAGAGCUCAGAUUCUGAUUCUGACUCAAGCUCAGAAGAUGAGGCACCAAAGCAGCAGCAGCCGAAGACAACACCUGUGGCACCUAAGGCUCAGGCUAAAGCUCCACCUAAACCAGGGACACCAGCUCGAGCAGCACUUAAAGUGGCCAAUGGCAAAGCAGCUGACAGCAGCAGCAGUAGCAGCAGCAGCAGUGACGACUCCGAGGAGGAGCAGGCUGUGGCCGUUCCCAAGAAGGCUGUACCUAAAAAGCAAAUUGUGGCCAAGGCUCCAGUCAAAGCAGCUGCUCCCCCUACCCAGAAGAGUUCCAGCAGUGAGGAUUCCUCCAGUGAGGAGGAAGAGGAGCAGAAAAAACCCGUGAAGAAAAAACCAGGUCCUUACAGCUCAGUACCCCCACCAUCUGCUCCUGCACCGAAGAAGUCCCCAGGAACCCAGCCUCCCAAGAAAGCUGUAGAGAAGAAACAGCCUGAGGAGAGUAGUGAAGACAGCAGUGAUGAGUCUGAUUCAAGUUCCGAGGAGGAGAAGAAAGCUCCAGUUAAGGCAGUUGUCUCUAAAACAACCCCUAAGCCAGCACCAGCAAAGAAGGCAGCGGAGAGCUCCUCAGACAGCUCAGACUCCGACAGCUCUGAGGAUGAAGCUCCUGCCAAGCCAGCUGGUGCCACCAAGAAUUCCUCGAGUAAGCCAGUUGCCACUCCCAAGCAGCCUGCAGCUAAGCCAGCUGCCGCUCUCAAGCAGCCUGCAGGUGGUGGCCAGAAGCCUCUGACCAGAAAGGCUGAUAGCAGCUCCAGUGAGGAGGAGAGCAGCUCUAGUGAGGAGGAGGAAAAGGCAAAGAAGACUGCAGCCACCCCUAAGUCCAAGGUGACUGCCAAAGCAGUUCCACCUGUGCCUGCCAAACAGCCUCCUCAGGCUGAUGGGGAGGGCAGUUCUGAUUCCGACAGCUCCAGCAGUGAAGAGGAGGAGGAGGAGAAGACAUCCAAAGCCCCAGUUAAGAAGAAGCCACAGAAGGCAGCAGGGGGCGUAGCACCUUCCAAGCCUGCUUCCGUAAAGCAAGUGAAGGCCGAGAGCAGCAGCAGUUCUUCCUCGGAUGAUUCCAGUGAGGAGGAAGAAGAGAAGCACAAGGGCAAGGGCACUCCGAAACCACAAGUUCCCAAGGCCAAUGGUACCUCUGCCCUGACUGCUGCCCAGAAUGGGAAAGCAGGCAAGGACAGUGAAGAGGAAGAGGAAGAAAAGGCAGCAGUGGCAGUGGCAGUUUCUAAGCCAGGAAAGAAGCGGAAGCAGAAUGAGGCUGCCAGUGAGGCAGGGACUCCUCAAGCCAAGAAGAUUAAGGUGCAGACCCCCAACACAUUUCCUAAAAGGAAGAAGGGAGAAAAAAGGGCAUCAUCCCCAUUCCGAAGAGUCCGGGAGGAAGAAAUUGAAGUGGAUUCCCGAGUGGCAGACAACUCCUUCGAUGCCAAGCGUGGUGCAGCUGGGGACUGGGGGGAACGAGCCAAUCAAGUUCUAAAGUUCACCAAAGGCAAAUCCUUCCGGCACGAGAAGACGAAGAAGAAGCGCGGUAGCUACCGAGGAGGCUCCAUCUCGGUCCAGGUGAACUCUGUUAAGUUUGACAGCGAGUGACCUUGGUGAUGCAGGGGUGAUGAUCAGAGACCUCCCACUUUCAGUGGACCUGGGGACCCUCAGCUCAAUUAGGGGAGGGUCUUGGUGAGGACAGAAGUUCGGACUGCAACAUAACAUCUUCUGUGGUCUUUUUCUGUGUUCUAGUUUUGUACAGAUUUUUUUGAGUGUUGGGUAGCAGGGAAGAGGUAAGGGGAACAUUAUUUUUUAAAAGUCUGUUUUAGUUGUCACCCCCAUUCUUCCUGUUUUGUGAAAGUCCUCACACUGAGAAAUUUGUAUAUUUUAUAUUAAAUCAUUUCCUAAUGACUAUUGUUGUGAUUUUCAGAGGUGGGUUCCUACAGAUAAAAUCUUAGCUAUUACCCAAGAUACAGUAGAUUGUCACGUGUGAAUUUUUAUAGUUGGGGAAGAGUUCUGCCUAUGAGUAUGCUCACAUUUCAUCCGUCCUUCCCUCAAAGCCCCAUUGUAGGCACUGAAGAAUGAUUAACAUGUGUACAUGCCUGUUAAGCAUGCACUAUGUAGUUCAUCCUCAUUUGUUGGGUCGGGGCCUGAAAUUCUCAGCCAGCAUGGACCUACCUACAUCUUAGGAUACAAUUUACUGUUUUUGUUAAUAGGCAAAAUUCUAUUCUGGUAUGAAUGACAUAAGUUAAUCUGAGUUUUAUUUUAUGAGUGUGGUUUUAUAUUAUAUAAUGUUGGCAACACAGUACAUGUUUUGGUUUUAAAUUUGAAAGCAAAUCUUUCUACUUUGAAUUUUCGGUGACUUGACCCCUACCAGUUCUGAGAACAAAGUUGAGAACUGCCAUCUUUUCUUUUUUACAUUAUUGAGAACAAAAUAAUCUUAAACGUACAUAUCGUUUAUUGAUAUUUAUAUUUCUGUUGGGUAGCUAUGUGACACACAAUAUUGGUUUCAUUAAUUCCUACAUGACUGGAAAUCACUAAUCAAGUAAAUGAAAAAAAGAACUAUAAUCAAAAACCCCAAUCCACUGUAGGAAGUAGGUUACUUUAGGUGAAUUUAUAGGUAACCUGUGUAUGUGCUAAUGGAGGUGGAAGGAACCUUUACAAAGCCUGUUGAAACUUCGGGACUGCGCUUGCGGAGAGCAUCCGAACAGGAUGACCCCAGUGGGUUCAUGGGAACAAUUGUUUUGCCCCCUAAGUCCCUGGUUUAAAAAACCCAGUGAACAAAGUGCUAGGCCAUGCUGGCUGACGGUAAGGCUGUAGGAGGUAGCCAUUGACAGUGUUCAGUCAGAGCAAGAAGAGGAGGGAGCUUCCUAGAGGCUGGACUGUCCCUGUGGUGGGAUAAGCUUUUGUGAAAGAGGUGCAGGUCUUAAGACUAGCCUUCCAUGUUUGGAUUCCACAUUCAAUAAAUAACCUGGUAACAACCUGGUUUUCUAUGUAGCCGCCUCUCAGAAGAAAAUGCACUGUUCAUCCUGACAUGGGUAUUUCAGUCUGCAUGGUAAAAGUUCUACAUCUACUGCAAAAUAAUAAACUGGCUGAUUUAUAAUGUG